AGAAGACUUCCAUCAUCCGUCUCAAUAAAUGGACUAAUCUGUUUUCAACCACAGGAGAGGACUUUUGAUUUGCGCGUAAUGCAUUCUACUCCUUUGCAUGUAAGCCCAUGUCCUCGUUUUCAAGACUCGGCAAGCCAGAGGUUUUUUUGAGCCUCGAGUCAAUUCUCAAUUCAUAUCUGGCAAUGAAUGAGCAACGGUACAAGACUGCAGCUUGAGGCAACUCCUAGUCCCAGCAGCGGCGGGACGACACGCUAUCAGUUUACUGACUUUUUGCUUGCUCUAUGUUUAUCUCUCUCUCGCACAAGUGUAAAACUUUCCUGAAAUGGCUGCCGUAAGAAAAAUCAAUCUUGUCACCAAUUUUCUAUGUUGCUGCUUCCUUCUCAAUCAUUCUUGUUACUCAGAAAUAAUCAAUGACACAAUCUUACAGGGAGAAGAGCUCAGGGAUUGGCAACAACUAGUUUCAGCAAGCAACUUCUGUAGAUUGCAAUUCUUCAGCCCCGGCAGUUCGCGCACCCGAUAUUUAGGCAUUUUUCUCAACCAAUCGCCCGAUGAUCUUCGGCCUGUUUGGAUAGCCAACCGUGACAACCCCAUUCCGGACGCAUCAGGGAGCCUCAAGAUCGCUCCUGAUGGCAGGCUAAACAUAUAUUCUAGUGGAGGCAGUGCAAUCGCUCUCAGUUCUGCUCCAUCAUCAGCAGGAGGAAAUGUUAGCGUCACACUAUUGGAUAAUGGAAAUCUUGUGCUGAGAGAACUAUAUUUCAAUGGUUCUUUUAAGCAGACCUUAUGGCAAAGCUUUGAUUACCCAACGGACACGCUUUUACCAGGAAUGAAAAUUGGUAUCAACUUAAGAACAGGGCAUAGAUGGUCGCUGGUUACCCCGGUAAGUCAAGAUCAGGUACCUGCAUCAGGGCCAUUUAUACUUGGCAUAGACCAAAACGGAACAGGCCAAUUGAUGAUUUGGUGGAGGGAAAAGGUUGUUUGGAACAGUGGGAUUUGGCUUAACGGGCAUUUUGCUUGUGCAAACCCUGAUUACAUUAAUUUUACCUUCGUAUCAGAUGGGGAUGAAAAAAGCUUCGUCUAUACAUCGAAUACUCGCAAUCGCUCUAUGACAACAUACACGCUAGAGCCAACAAGCUGGAUUACUGAAGAAGGAUUACAGGUUGAUUUAAUUGGUUGGUCUUCCUCCUCUGAGACGCGAUCAGCUGAAUGCUUUCCUCAUAAGAUGCUGCCUAGGUGCAAGGAAGCUUUAUUUCAUUUCGAACCAAGACAAGGGGAUAUAGUCGGUCACAGCUAUACAAUCGAUGAUUACAAUUUGAGUCUCUUUGAUUGUAAAGCCAUGUGCGUGGAGAACUGUUCCUGUUUUGCCUAUGCCUCAAUCACCGAUAAUGAAACAGGCUGUGAAUUUUGGAGCCAAAGCAUGCAUUUUAUGACUACUUCAGGCAGACAGGUUUUUAUUCGUUCAGAGUCAUUAAAAGAUGACUACUCAUCAACAAAGUGGUGGCCAUGGCUUCUUGUGGCUUUAGGUGUAUUACUGGCAUUUGGCACCUUGUGUUGGAUGCUACUGAGAAAGUGUGGAACUAAAGAUAAAGCCAGAGGAACAAAAAAAUCCCUGCUAGAUGAGCUCGGUGGAAGCAAUAUGACACCAGAAACCAACGAUGGUAAAGCCAAUAAGGACGAAAUACCCAAAAGUUUAAGCAAAGACUUGCUGUUGUUCAGCUUUGACAGCAUUACAGCUGCCACAAACAACUUCUCCAUAACCAGCAAGCUUGGAGAGGGUGGAUUCGGACCAGUUUACAAGGGAAAAUUAGAGGACGGGCAAGAAGUUGCAAUAAAAAGACUUUCCAAAAAUUCAGGCCAAGGUGUGGUAGAGUUCAAAAAUGAAAUUCUACUGAUUGCCAAACUUCAGCACAGAAAUCUUGCGAGGCUAUUGGGAUGCUGCCUACAAGCAGAUGAGAAAAUUUUAGUUUAUGAGUAUAUGGUCAACAGAAGCCUGGAUUUCUUGCUUUUUGGGGCAGAUUCUAGCAAAAAGGAGUUACUAAAAUGGAGUAUACGUCUGAAUAUUAUUGAAGGGAUUGCUCAAGGAUUGCUCUAUCUCCACAAGUACUCAAGAUUAAGGGUGAUUCAUAGGGAUUUAAAAGCUGGCAAUAUCUUGCUUGAUGACAGCAUGAAUCCUAAAAUAUCAGAUUUUGGUUUGGCAAGAAUAUUUGGAAUGCAAGAAUCUGAAGCAAAAACAAAAAGAAUAGUUGGAACCUAUGGUUACAUGUCCCCGGAGUAUGCAAUAAAAGGCAUUGUUUCAAUGAAGACGGAUGUAUUCAGUUUUGGAGUUCUGCUACUUGAGAUUGUUAGCGGUCGGAAAAACAACAGCUGCUAUCAUUCGGAACACCCACUGAACCUCGUAGGAAUGGCAUGGGAAUUGUGGAAGGAAGGAAGGGCUCUGGAGCUAAUGGACCCAAUGUUGAAUGGCUCCUGCCCUGAAAAUGAAGUCACGAGAUGCAUUCAGGUGGGUCUGUUGUGCGUGCAAGACCGUGCAAUUGAUAGGCCCUCCAUGUCUGAUGUGGUGUCCAUGCUGUCGAACGAGGCUGUGCAAUUGCCACCACCAAAACAACCAGCAUUCUUCAUUGAGACGGUUCCGGGAGACGCAGAAAAGGAUAAGGAAGCUAUUUGUUCCUUGAAUGGCGUAUCAAUUUCAGCAACAGAGCCCAGGUAGAGGGUUCCUUCUUCCCCCGUUGGAGAAGGGAACCGGUCCCCGAGAAAUGUCAAAAGAACUCUGAAGAGAUUGCUAAUCUGCAUUACGAGAAAUGAGACUAACUGACAAUCAAUUGUAAGCAUAUGAAUCAGUUGAAUCCUAACAUAAUCUAUCUCUACCUGUUUCUAAUGCAAGAGAUGUUUUCACGAUUUGAUUUGAUCA